ACUCAGCUCCCAAUCCACCAUCUUCGUUCCUGCACAUCUCUGACCAAUAUACACAUACAUGGCUUCAAGUGACAAGACGCCGGAUCCGAUGCCCGGCGGCGACGGGUCCAUGCCGCCGGGAAAAGCCACGACGGUGACGCAGAGCGUACUAGACAAAGGAGCUCAGAUGAUGCAAACACUGAACCCCAUAAAACAGAUGAGCCAGCAUGUUUGUAGCUUUGCUUGUUACAGCCAUGACAUGAGUCGUCAGAUCGAGACUCAUUACUAUGUCACCCGCCUCAACAACGACUUUCUCCAGUGCGCUGUUUAUGAUUCUGAUCAACCCAAUGCCCGUCUCAUAGGGGUUGAGUAUAUAAUAUCUGGUCGAAUUUUGGAGACUUUGUUGCCUGAGGAACAAAAGCUUUGGCACUCUCAUGCUCAUGAGAUCACAUCAGGGCUGUGGGCGAAUCCAAGGGUUCCAGAGAUGGUUAAUAGUGGUGAACUACAAGAUCUUGUUAAUACAUAUGGCAAGUUUUGGUGCACCUGGCAAACUGAUAGAGGUGACAGGCUUCCAUUGGGUGCUCCUGCGCUGAUGAUGUCUCCACAAGAAGCGGAGCUGGGGAUAAUAAAGAUAGAUCUUGUGAAGAAGAGGGAUGACAAGUACAAAAUAUCGACGGAUGACCUGAAGAAGUCAAGGGCUAAUCUGGUGUUGCCGGAGUCGAUGAACCGGAUGGCUGACUACUGGAAACAUGCUGGCAAGGGUUUUGCUAUCGACGUAGAGGAGACUCAAAUGAAAACUACUGCACCUUUUCCGUAAAACGUAUGCAGUGAUUGCAUAAUGGACUCGUAGUAAUCCGAUUAUCUUUUGCACUCGGCAUAGUUUUCGUUGUCUGUCCGUUUUUUCUAUGAGGAUGUUAACUUGUGAAAUGUGUAUAUGUUGAUGUG